AAACAACCUCCGCGGUGACUGGUAAAAGCAGAACCAAUCAUAGUAGUAUCGGCUACGCCUUAAACUUGUUGAUUACUCAUAUCUCUUCAUUAUUCACACCUACACUGCAAUUGCUCUUCAUCAUGCGCACAUAACUACUCUCUCCCUGCUAUUCAACCGCUGCCGGUGAUUUUCGUUUCUCAAUGGCGUCCGAUCAGCUCGAGAUCUCCUUCGCCGGAAUAUUCGCUUGCAGCGCCUUCGCUGCUUGCUUCGCUGAGUUCUGUACUCUACCUUUAGACACAGCGAAAGUUAGGUUACAGCUGCAAAAGCGGGCUGCAUCAGGGGAAGGAGGAGGAGGAGGAGGUGCAUCCAAGUACAAGGGAUUGUUUGGUACUAUGAUGACGAUUGCUAAGGAAGAAGGGAUGGUUUCCUUAUGGAAGGGCCUUGUACCAGGCUUACAUCGACAGUUUCUUUAUGGUGGCCUAAGAAUCGGGUUGUACGAGCCUGUUAAGGCACUAUUGGUGGGAAGUGAUUACGUGGGAGAAGUUUCUUUGUUCAGCAAAAUACUAGCUGCACUUUUAACUGGUGCUAUAGCGAUUUCUGUGGCGAAUCCCACUGAUCUAGUGAAAGUUAGACUUCAGGCUGAGAGUAAAACACAUGCUGGUGCACCUAAGCGUUAUUUUGGAGCUAUGGAUGCAUAUUAUACAAUAGCAAAACAGGAAGGAUUUGCAGCUUUGUGGACAGGGCUUGUGCCAAAUGUUGCACGAAAUGCAAUCAUAAAUGCUGCUGAGCUAGCUAGCUAUGAUCAUGUCAAAGAGACAGUCUUGAAAAUUCCAGGGUUCACCGAUAGUCCUUUCACUCAUCUACUAGCUGGUUGCGGUGCAGGUUUUUUUGCAGUCUGUAUUGGCUCCCCUGUUGAUGUGGUUAAAUCUAGAAUGAUGGGAGACUCAAUUUACAAAAACACUAUCGAUUGCUUAUACAAAACUUUAAAGUUUGAGGGGCCUUUCGCUUUGUAUAAGGGGUUCCUUCCCAAUUUCACUCGACUAGGAUUAUGGAAUGCUAUCAUGUUCUUGACUCUGGAGCAUGUCAAGGGAUUCUUCAAAUGACAAAUUAGAACAACCAAGGAUUUUACCUUUUAGCCCCCGCUUUGAUUAGCAUCAACCUAGACAUUCUUUUUGAUUGACGAAAUACAUAAGCUAUUCUUGCGAUCAGGCCCUACAUUGCUCUUAGACAUGAGGAUCAGAGGGGAGAUCACAUAUUAUCAUCUUGCAAUAGCGCUUUGCGGUAAUGCAAUGGUACUGAAUUUCUCUCCCGGGUUAUUAGUUAAAAGAGAAUUACGGGUGAACAAAGAUGUCAAAUAUACAAUGUCAUACUGAGGAAGCGAAUACCACGCGAAAAAUAGCAGAAGCACAUUGAGUGAGACAUUGGAUAAAUAGAAUUCUGUUCAAACGUGCCCUUUAUUCAUUUGUAUGAAUUUAUAUUACCAGAUUGUUAUAUUUUCAAAGCA